AUGGAGUUGAACCAAGUAACAUUGCAAAGGCAUAAUGAUAGUAGGGUCGGGAUAUUCCCCCCCCCUCUCCGAACCGGACGUGAGGGUCUCCCCUCAUAGGGCUCUCUGCAGGGGAAUCUCCACUCACUGCUUCCCCUAAUAUCCUCCCUUUAUCACAUCAUGGGGGUUUACAGGAGAUCCCAGAGGUUCGCUCGGGAAGGCUGCUAUACCAUACAUUAUGACAAAACUACUAAGAAAUCAAAUACUUUUGUAGUCACUAGACUCACUAUAGAAGUCCGUCCGGCUGCUCUUGCUGAAAUCAUUACUCUUCAUUCUCCCGUGCUCUAGCAAUUGAGCUCCCUAGACUACUACCAUGUAGUUAGGUAGGGACAAUCAAUCCAUAGUUACGGGAAUAACGGAAUGAAUUGGGAUCCCCAAAAUGAAGAUUAUUAGUUAAUCAAUCUUUCUCUCAAUAGAUGUAUCUGGUCUGAUACGGUACAGUACAAUACGAGACGAUGGAAUGCAAUGGGAUGGACGGUAGAGGGUUGCCUGCGCCCAAAAGCGAUGAUUCACUUGUCCCCUUGUCUAUAGGGACCUCGUGGCAUACAACCGCCACGACUCCUGCUAGAUAGCCGCUCCUUUCUCUUUCUUUUUACUGCCUCGUGGACGGACGAAAGAAGGGAAGUUACAGAACGGGGCAGUGAAGGCUCGCGAAGUAGACUGCAAGCCCCCACCCCUACAGUACUGUGUUGCCGUAGCGCGCCCUACUGAAAUAACGUUCCCUCGCUUACUUUAAAGCUUGCUAGGGGAUGGGAUUCAUUCACUUGCAUUCCUGCUAGCACUACAAAAAGCUCCGGUCUUAACGCCCCUACAAAAGCUGUGUGCAGCCUUUCCUCGGGUUCGUAGAGUCUGGUUUCCCGUUUACCCACAACGGAGGAGCCGCCCCCACCAACCAGGCAGGCGGCCACGGAUCAUAACGCACUCUUCGCACAACAGAUCCACUUUGAAGUUGACUUAUUCGCUCGGCCAAUCGUCGGAAUGUGUACGAGAUACCAUAAGGGCCCAAUAUCUCAAUAG